UUUUUUUAUAUAUAAAAGUUUAGAUUUGUGAUUCUUUUAAGAUUUUUUAUGAGAUUACCUUUUGAGAUAAAUAAUAAAAUGAUUGAUCCUUUCUUUGUAACCGCAAAAUGUAGCCUGCCAGUAAAAGAACCAGUGGAGAACCUUGCUUGCCUACACUUUGUUAAUCUAUAACAAGUUGCUUAGACAAGGAUGUAUGUGGGCCCUUGGGAAUAAUGUGUUUUUCACCUGUAAUGUGUAAAAUGUUUAAUCAUGUAAGUGAAAUGAGAAACAUGCUGUUUCUUACUUGCAUUCAUUAUAAUCAUUCAUUUGAAAAAUAGAAUGAACCACAUUCAUUCAUUUGAAAAAUAGAAUUCAAACCAAUAUAGUUUUUAUAUUGCUUUAAAGAUUUUGCUGGGGUGUAUAAGCUGUAAGGGAAAGAAUAAAGAUACAUAGAAGGAAAACAUCAAGGAAGAGAUAGAAAGAGAACAUCUGGGAAAAGAAGGAAAACAACAGGGUAGAAGAAUAGAAGAGAGAGAGAACAGAGUAGGAGCAACAGAAAGAGAAAAAGAACAUGAACAGCUAAGCCUUGGCCCUCAGGAAAGUCCCCGUGUGUCUGUGCGUCUGUCCAGUAGUUCACCUGCUCUGUCUCUUCUCACAGUGUCUCUGACCUGCUGAAUGCUGACCUUUCAGCAGCAGUCUAGACUGACCUUGAACUCUCCAGCCUGAAUACUGGGAUUACAAUCCAGUCCCAGCAGAUCCAGCAAUUCAAUUAUUAAAGGUUGAGAAGGAGGCACCAUGGCGAUGUCCCCACCGCGACAGGUCACUCACCUCAUCUUUGACAUGGACGGACUCCUUCUGGACACAGAGAGGCUGUACUCAGUGGUGUUUCAGGAGCUGUGUGGUCGCUACAAGAAGACAUACAGCUGGGAGGUCAAGUCCCUGGUGAUGGGGAAGAAGGCUCCAGAAGCUGCGCAGAUCAUCAUCGACGUCCUGCAGCUGCCCAUGUCCAAGGAGGAGCUGGUGGAGGAGAGCCAGGCAAAGCUGGCAGACCUUUUCCCCACAGCUGCCCUCAUGCCAGGUGCUGAGAAACUGAUCCGGCACCUCCGAAAGCACAGCAUCCCCUUUGCCCUGGCCACCAGCUCAGGCUCCGAGACCUUCAAAAUGAAGACCAGCAGGCACAAGGAGUUCUUUGGGAUGUUCAACCACAUCGUGCUAGGAGAUGAUCCUGAGGUCAACAGCGGGAAGCCAUCCCCGGACAUAUUCCUCUCCUGUGCACGGAGGUUCAGUCCUGCUCCUGCCCCAGACAUGUGCCUCGUCUUUGAAGAUGCUCCCAAUGGAGUGGAGGCAGCUCUGGCAGCUGGGAUGCAGGUUGUCAUGGUUCCCGAUGAAAACCUGAGUCGAGACUUAACAAGAAAGGCCACAGUGGUGCUGAGUUCCCUGGAGGACUUCCAGCCUGAGCUGUUUGGUCUGCCUGCCUAUGAGUGACGGGUGGCAGCCUUGGUGCUGCCAUGGGCCUUGUGGCAUCCUGAGGGGGGGGCACAUGGCAUACUGGAGGAGCCACAUGGCACCCUUGAGGGGCCACAUAGCUCCUGGGGGACACAUGGCAUCCUGGGGGGCCAUAUUCAGGGUCCAUGCCAUUAAGGAGAAAGGGGAAGGCAAUGCAUAGCACCAGACUGAGCCUGCUUAUACACUGUAGCCUGUGAACAUGGCCAUCCCCGUCUGUGUGGGCUUGGCCAUCUCUCUCUGGAUUGUGGUCGGGUCAGUAGACAGCAAACAGAGAUGGCCCAGAACACAGCUUGAGUACAGUCAUGUAAUAAAGUGAUGUGGUCUAUGAAGAAAAUGAACACACACACACACACACACACACACACAAACCACACAGCAUUGUGUGACUACACAUGUGCCAAUAUAUAUCCAUACAUAUAUAUAUAAGUAUAUAUGUAUAUGUAUAGUGUUCCAGAGUAAAAUCAUAUUUAUGUCUGUUUCCUUGUAAUCUUUGUGUAUAAUGGCAUUUGGGAAGUGUAAACUCCAUACACAUAUAUGUAUAUGCCAUUAUAGAUGUACAUAUGUAUGUGUAGAUUUUGUGUGUGUGUAUGUAUAAUAGACCACUCCACUGCCUUCAGGGUGGACAUUAAUGUUUCAAUACCAACUGAUAAGUGAGUCUCCUCUCUCCCCCUUCUGACCUUAAUGGCAGAUUAGCCUCAUGAUGGAAGAGCAUCAAGAAAUAUCCUUUCACUCCAGCCUCACUAUCAUCGCAGACACCUCCCUGGUCUUAGACUUAAACGUCUUCCAUUUCACAAGCUGGGUCUAAGUUUCCAUUUUUUAAACAAAGGGCUAUUAAUCAAAAGGCCCCUGACAGCAGGGACGAGGGAGAGAGCACGAACAAGGUCUGGGUCAGCCUCUCAGUGUCCCAAGGACAGUUCCUGCAACCCCCUUGAAACUUAUCCAAGUGUGUCCAAAGAGAAAACCUCAGCCAGUUAAAAGUAUACUAGUGUAACUGCUGCUCGCUUAACCAAUUAUGUUUGAGAUGACCUAACCAUCUCUGAAAUUCCCCUAGCUAUGCUUAAAGGACCCUGGAUGUGCCUCUUGUGGUCAUCACCAUUUUGUACAGAUGAACGACCCCACGUAUGCUAGUAUAGUAAUAAACACUCUUUGUUCUUGCAUACUA